UGUGGAUUUUAAAUGAAACCAGAGAAGUCAGUGACAGCUGAAGCAGCGCGGUGCAGAUCCGCCGGAUGCCUCCUUUACUGCCCUUCUCUCCAUCCAUGUCUCCAUUUACGCAAGGAAUCUGAUUUCUGAAUUCGUAAUUGGAGUGAAACACAUGCUAAAUCUACUGGUGUUUCUGCUUUGCGUGAUAUCUGAACCAGUCUAGCUCUGUUUUGGGGGUAAAGGCACGCAGGAUUCGUGUGUUUUCAGCCAGGACGCGCGUCAUCUCUCCACUGAUGCCCAUUGAUUUAUGAUUUUUGGGGGCUUAUUUCGGGCUUCGCGCACGGACUUGGAUGCGUUUCAGGGAACGCUGGGCUUCUCUGCCUCCUCAGCUGGACAAUCUGGAGCUGGAUACUUGUGACUUUCUUCCCCCAUGUGGAAAAACGCUGUGUUUUACAUAGAGAAGACGCGGUUUGGCCGUGCCUUUGGAUUGUUGCGCUUAAAAAGACAAUAAAGACUGCAGCUGGACUAAAAAUUUCUUCUCUGAGACAUCGCACAUUUUGUCCCAUACGUAUUCGUUCGCACAGAGCUACAUCUAUUGCGCAUUAUCCAACUUAAGAUCCUCGGACAGAACUGCAACAGCAUCGUGUGGAGGCUACCACCUGCACAGAGAUUUAUUUCUCCAACAUCAGCUACUGGAACAACUGGGAUUUAAACAUCCUACUGCUGGGAUUUCUACCAUGUCAGGUGCACGGGAUUGCAGAUGGACUCUCCUCAUCUGUGUGGCGGCGCUUUCAUAUGCUCUUGCAGGUAAAGUCUCUCCUACCAGCUCAGAUGCCCUCCUCAGUUCCUCGGCAAUGACAGCCAGCCAGUCGCCACCCAAUGUGUACCUCCCCGCCAACUUCAAAAUGUCCAAUGCACAACUGGCCUUCUUCUUACGGGAGGCUCAGAUCACAGGACAAACGGUUGGCAGCAGGGGCGGCGGCAGCAGCAGCCCCAGCACGGGACACCCGCUGCAGCGCUCGGAGAGUUUUGUGGUUUUCCAGACAAAAGACCUCCCAGCCAUCAACAUCAGCUUUGGGCCUUUCGCUCAGGACCAGGCUCUGUCGAAGGAGUUGCUCCAGCCAACCAGUCCUCUGGAUAUUCCCGGCCAGUUGACAGUCAACUGGAAGGUGCGGGCCUUUAUUGUCCAGGCGAGGGUGUUUUCCAACAACCCAACCGUCCAGGUGUUUUUUUACAUCGCAGGCCGCGACUGGGACGACUUCAAGGCUCAGGACAAGCUACCCUGCGUCCGUCUCCAUGCCUUCAGGGAUGUCCGGGAGAUAAAAACCUCCUGUCGCAUGAAAGGCAACCUCGCUCAAUGCUUGGCCCAACUGGAUCUGCCCCCAUCCUGGUUUAACACCAAUGUGGCCCCACUGGGGCGGAGAAAAGGCUCCAGUGACGGGCUCUUGGAUGGGCUCACCAGUGAGACCCUCCAAGCUGAGCUCUACUACACACUGCAUAGUCCUAAUCCGGACGGGGAGUGCAGUGAGGGCUCUGGUCAUAGAGGUGCUGGUGCUUCCAGGGGAGAGCCUCUGUCACAGCACCCUCUACUGCGCAUUGGGAGCAUCAGCCUGUACCAGGCCAGCCAGGAGCAGCUGCUGGUGGACAAGCAGCUGGAUAAGAAUAUGUUCCUCAGGCUUCCUGAGAAGCCCCUAAAGCCUGGAGAGACCCUGAAAAUCUUCCUCUACUUGAUGCCCAAUUCCACUGUGGAGCAGUUCUCCUUAAAGGUCAAAGCAAAGAAAGGGGUGAACCUGAUCCAGACCAAGUCCAAGAACGCCCAGUGGAAGGUGGAGUGGGAGGUGGUGUCAGGCGCCAAGCAUUCCAUCACAACCAUCGAUGUGAACAAGAACAAAGCAGUCAAACAGGGGGAGGUUUUAGGCAAUGUGGAGGUGAUGCAGCUGGACUUUGAGAUGGAGAACUUCACCAGUCUCUCGGUAACCAGGCGAAUCAACUGGAACAUCGACUACAAGGGGCAGAAUCCCCCUCCUGAUUCAGAGAAGGUUGUGACUGAGCUGACGGUGGUGCAGAGAGACAUUCAGGCCAUCAUCCCUCUGGCUAUGGACACCGAGAUUAUCAACACGGCCAUUCUGACCGGACGCACGGUGGCCAUCCCUGUCAAAAUGGUCUCCAUUGAGAUGAAUGGAGCUGUCACUGACGUCUCAGCCUUUGUGCAGUGCAAGUCCUCCAAUGAAGAUAUUGUUAAGGUGUCAAUGAAUUGCGACUAUGUGUUCGUCAACGGGAAGGAGACGAGGGGAUCCAUGAAUGCGAGGGUCAUCUUCAGCUACGAGCACCUGAGCGCGCCGCUGGAGCUGACCGUCUGGGUGCCCAAACUUCCUCUGCAGGUGGAACUUUCUGACAACAACCUGAGUUUCAUCAAAGGGUGGAGGGUUCCCAUUCUGCCCGACAGAAGGAGCACCAGAGACAGCGACGCGGAUGAAGAAGACGAUGAGCGCCGUGUCAGUCGGGGCUGCACCCUGCAGUACCAGCGGGCUUUGGUGAAGGUUCUGACCCAGUUCCACACGACUUCCACAGAGGGCACUGACCAGGUUAUCACCAUGCUGGGGCCUGACUGGCAGGUGGAUGUUACAGACUUGGUCCAGGACUCCUUGAAGGUGGCUGACCCCCGGAUAGCUGAGCUGGUGGACCGGACGGUGUUGGUGGGACUGGAGCUGGGAUCCACUGUGCUGAAGGUGGAGUCUCCGCUGGCAGUGGAUGCAGUAUUGGGAGAGUCGGCAUUCUCAGUAACAGAUGAAAAGGUUUCCAUCACUGAGAUGAGAGUUCACGCUGUGUCAGGUCUGACCCUGUCACUGCAGCCGAGCCCCGGCAACAGCCACACCAUGGUCGCCAAGGCAACUGGCAUCCAGACACUCACAGCUCUCAAGCAGGAGGCCAGUUUGUCCAUCUGGAUGCUCUUCAGUGACAACACAGCCGCUACUCUGUCUUACUUUGAUCCCAAAGACUACAACCUCAAUGCCUCCACACUGGAUGACAAAGUUGUGUCGAUAUCCCAGGAGCCUCAGCAACGGUGGCCUGUGGUGGUGGCAGAAGGCGAGGGAUCUGGCGAGAUGGUGCGUUUAGAGAUGACCAUCUGUGAGGCCUGUCAGAAGACCAAACGAAAAAGUGUCAUUGCAUCUGCUGCGGUUUAUGUCAAGGUCCGCUUUGGCCCUGAGGAAGACUCAGAGGAAGAGGCGACCACGGAGGGCGAGAUCGAGCUGACUCCUUUCACCAGGCGUCCAAUCAUUGAUCCGAACAUUAGUGGAAGAAUUUAUGAGACAUCUAACGAGCAACCUGCCAGCGUUCCCAUUGAUUACACCAAUUUCCCCACCAUUAGCAACCAAGAGAGGCCAACGGAGAGUGAUGAAGAGGAGGACGACUUUGUGCAUUCACCUCGCAACAUGACCGACCUUGAGAUCGGCAUGUAUGCUUUACUGGGAGUUUUCUGCCUGGCUAUUCUAGUCUUUCUCAUCAAUUGCAUCGUAUUUGUGCUGAAAUACCGCCACAAGAGGAUCCCACCUGAGGGUCAGGCCAACAUGGACCACUCCCACCACUGGGUGUUCCUGGGAAACGGCCAGCCGCUAAGAGCCCAGUGUGAUCUGUCGCCACAGCAGGUAGAAAGUCCCAGCAACCCACUGGAGGGCGUACAAACUUGCUGCCAUGGGGACCAUCACAGCAGUGGCAGCUCCCAGACUAGUGUUCAAAGCCAGGUACACGGACGAGGUGACGGCAGCUCCGGGGGAUCCACGAAGGAGAACGGCGACGAGGCCAACUCCCCGACGUCCAAGCGCAAAAGAGUCAAGUUUACCACCUUUACCACUCUCCCCACAGAGGAGCUGCCCUAUAACUCCAUCCCCAUAGCAGACGAGGAGGACAUUCAGUGGGUGUGCCAGGAUAUGGGAUUUCAAGACCCUGAGGAACUGCAUGAUUACAUGCGCAGAAUAAAAGAAAUAGCCUGA